AUGGCUUACAACCGUCCCUUCGAUGAGGAUGCUCUCCCCAGAUUUGCCGAGCCAGACCCCAAACCUGGCCAGUCGAGGACUCCUGCCCCGCAACAACCCCCUCCACAGCAGUAUCACCAGCAGCAGCCUCGAUAUGAUAAGCCCUUGCCAGUUCACCGAGACUCUCGAUCUCAUUCGAUAGGCCAGCAGCAUGGCUACGGUCACAUGUCGCCGCCUCCAAACCCUGGCGCGAGGCCGCCUCAGCCUCACAGCCGUCCUACCCUCAAUUCGCGACCUCCCCCUUCACCCGCCCUUGAUGGCUCUGGUUCCGACCCUUCGCUUUUGCCCCUAUUCCGCGCCGUAGACAAGGAUGGGACUGGUCAUCUCUCUGAAAGGGAGCUCUCCGCCGCGCUAGUCAACGGUGACUGGACCGCCUUCGACCCCCACACCGUUCGCAUGAUGAUCCGAAUGUUUGACUCGGACCGGAGUGGCACUAUUGGUUUUGAGGAGUUCUGCGGUCUAUGGUCCUUCUUGGCCUCAUGGCGAACCCUGUUCGAUCGUUUCGACGCCGAUCACAGCGGCAACAUCUCCCUGUCCGAAUUCAACAACGCCCUCGUCGCAUUUCGAUAUCGACUCAGUCCCCAGUUCGUGGAACUGCUUUUCAACACAUACGACAAGCGCAACGAGGGUGUCAUGAGCUUUGAUCUCUUUGUCCAGAGCUGCAUCUCUCUGAAGCGCAUGACGGAUGUGUUUAAGAAGUACGACGACGACCGCGACGGAUACAUCACACUAAGUUUUGAGGACUUCCUGACAGAAAUCCUCAAGCAACUCAAGUAA